CGAACCUUCUUCUCUAUGUAGAGGGUUAAAGACUUUACCGUCUGUUGUUGUUUUGUUCAUUCAUCGUUUGCGUAUUUUCGUGGUUUCCCAGUUCAUACGACUUCAUCAAAAUUCAAUUCACUGGGUUUUGAUUUCGAUUCGAUUUCUCUCGGACAUGAGUUCAAUAUCCGAGCAAAACAUGAUAUGAGUUUUCUCAGAGGUAUAAUUGAUUCGUUUAGCUCGAUUCUCAACGAAGAAUCUAAGCACGAUCCUAGUGUAUCAUCAUCAUCAACAUCUUCUGGUUCCAUGAAUGGUAUCGAUGGAGUUCCGGUUACUAACGAACGAAUUGCGUAUAAGCUAAAAGGAUACUUCGAUUUAGCGAAAGAGGAAAUCGCUAAAGGUGUUAGAGCAGAAGAGUGGGGUUUACAUGAUGAUGCUCUUCUUCAUUAUAGAAAUGCUCAGAGGAUUAUGAAUGAAGCUAGUUUUACUCCUUCUCCUUCCUAUAUUAGUUCCAGUGAAAAGGAGAAGGUGAGAUCGUACCGAGAGAAGAUUUCAAAUUGGCAAAAUCAAGUAUCUGAAAGAUUGCAAGCUUUGGGUAAGCGUACAGGUGUUGGAGUGUCUGAGAAUAAGAGAACCGUAGCAUCUCCUUCUUCAGCUUCAGUUUCCUCUACAGCGUCAAGGUAUAGAAAAACUUCAUCGCAAAGGACUCCAGUUCCCAGAGGUGGCAUUGCAACGGUAAAUAAUCCUAAAGAUGCAGCUGCAAGCCCAAAACCUGUGAAAGAAUCUGGAAAUGUCUAUGAUGAUAAGUUAGUUGAGAUGAUAAACACAACAAUAGUGGAUAGAAGCCCGUCUGUGAAGUGGGAUGAUGUCGCUGGACUUGAUGGAGCUAAACAAGCUUUAUUGGAGAUGGUUAUUUUACCAGCAAAACGAAGGGAUUUGUUCACUGGUCUCCGAAGACCAGCGAGAGGUCUGCUUCUCUUCGGGCCACCUGGCAAUGGAAAAACAAUGCUUGCCAAGGCAGUCGCUUCCGAGUCACAGGCAACAUUCUUCAACGUCUCAGCAUCUUCUUUGACGUCAAAAUGGGUGGGUGAGGCUGAAAAGCUAGUUAAAACGCUGUUUCAAGUUGCAAUAUCCAGACAACCAUCUGUUAUAUUUAUGGAUGAAAUAGAUAGUAUAAUGUCAACAAGGUCGAUCAGUGAGAAUGAAGCAAGCAGAAGGCUGAAAUCAGAAUUCCUUAUCCAGUUUGAUGGUGUGACUUCUAAUCCUGAUGAUUUGGUGAUUGUCAUUGGAGCUACUAACAAGCCACAAGAGUUGGAUGAUGCAGUGCUUAGGAGAUUGGUGAAGAGAAUAUAUGUACCAUUGCCGGAUUCAAACGUCAGAACACUACUUUUUAAAACUAAAUUAAAGUGCCAGCCUCACUCUUUAUCCGAUGACGACAUUGAUAAAAUCGUCAAAGAAACCGAAGGAUACUCAGGAAGCGAUCUUCAAGCAUUGUGUGAAGAAGCUGCAAUGAUGCCAAUCAGAGAACUGGGUGCAGAUAUUCUCACCAUCCAAGCAAAUAAAGUGAGACCUCUACGAUAUAAUGAUUUUCGGAAAUCGAUGGCAGUAAUCAGACCCAGCUUGAGUAAAAGCAAAUGGGAAGAGCUUGAACGUUGGAACUCAGAGUUUGGCUCUAAUUAAAUUUCUUCUUGGAUUGUUUGUUUCUGUUGUAAAUUUGAGGUAGUUUAUAAUAUAUGGUGUAGAGUUAA